AUGGAGGAAUAUACACGUGAGCCUUGCCCCUACCGUAUUGUGGAUGAUUGUGGUGGCGCUUUCGCUAUGGGCUGUAUUGGUGGCGGUGUCUUUCAGGCCAUCAAGGGUUUCCGCAACGCUCCAUCGGGCAUGAGCAGACGAAUGCUGGGCAGUUUGACGGCCAUCAAGACACGUUCACCCGUCAUUGCCGGAAACUUUGCGGUGUGGGGUGGCAUGUUUAGUACUAUCGAUUGUACCCUUGUACAUUUUCGCAAAAAGGAGGAUCCCUGGAAUUCGAUAAUAAGUGGCGCGGCAACGGGCGGCAUCUUGGCAGCUAGGAAUGGUGUACCGGCGAUGGCUGGUAGUGCAAUCAUUGGAGGAGUGCUGCUCGCUCUCAUUGAGGGUGUGGGCAUUUUGUUCACAAGAAUAUCGGCUGAACAAUUCAAAAACCCGUCUCCUCCCACCGAAGAUCCUGCGGCUCUGGGUGACCCUUCCAGUUUCUCGUUUGGCAAUCCCACGUCUAACAAUAAACAAUAUCAAUGAAAAUGUUAUUACUUUAUUUAAUUUGUAUAUGCACAAUAGAUUUUAAUUUAAUCAUAAAAGCCGAGAGUCCAAAUUGA